AUGGCAACAGAAAACAAGUCAAAUUUAUGUUCAAUCUGCAAUAAAUCACCAGGAAUUCGCUUUUGCUUUGGAUGCAAUAAACACUUUUGUUCAAAGGAUUUUCGAGAACAUGAAAAACAAUUAGCAAUUAAAUUCGAUGAUGAAGUAGUUAGAUCUCAUGAUGAACUUCUGGAUCAAAUACAAAAGUUAGAAAAAUCAAAUUAUUUGUCAUCGGAUCUUUUCGCUCAAAUUGAACAAUGGAAGAAGACAACAAUCAACAAAGUUGAAAGAGCAGCAGAAAAGGCACAGCAUGAACUUGCCGAGCUAAUAGAUAAAAACCGAGCAAAAUUAACAAAACAACUUCAAUCAAUUACAAAAGAAAUUCAUUCACGUCAAGAAGAAGAAGAAGUUUUUGCUGAAAAUGAUAUAGAUCAACUUAAACAAGAAAUCGAUAAAAUUAGACAAAAACUUGAAAAACUCAUUCAAAAAGAUAAAACUCAAAGCAUCAUUAUUGAAAAUAAUCAAAUUGAUUGGAAUCGACUUAUAUACAUUCAAGAAAUCCAAGAUGAACGUGGUAUUGAAGAAAAACAGCAAAGUCGAGGAAAACAAAUCAACUGUGAUAAAGAUAUACAAAUAGUUGUAAAAACUAAAUAUGAAAAUGUUGAUGGCCCGACAAAAAUUUAUCGUGAUUUAGCCGGAGCUGCUUCAUUAUCCGUAAUUAAAUUAUGGUUUAAAAAUGAUCAACAUUACUAG